CUUCACUAUCGAUAUACCGGCCGAAUGAGCACAUCGCAGACGCUAAUCAAAUCGGGACAGUCGCUCGACGAUUUCUUAUCAACGUUCUGGACGAGUCAUUUGCACCAGAUUGAAGACGAGGUUACUGAUUUCAAGAAGCAUGAGUUACCUUUAGCGAGAAUAAAGAAGGUUAUGAAAUCUGAUCCAGGCGUUAAAAUGAUUUCUGCAGAAGCACCGAUACUCUUCUCAAGGGCUUGCGAAAUUUUCAUUUCAGAGCUAACAUGCAGAUCCUGGCUCGUUGCAGAGUCAAAUAAACGUCGAACGCUUCAGAAAUCCGAUGUAUCUGGUGCCGUCGAGUUAUCAGAUCAGUUCGAUUUUCUGAUCGACAUCGUACCAAGGAGCGACGAGAGCAAAAAGAAAGGAAAGAAUAACGCAGUAGAAUCUGGCAACAUCCAGCACCAAACGUAUGCUGAUGAUGAAGCACCAGUAAAUGAUCUCCAGGAAGUUGAUCAAGAUGAGGUAUCCGAAGGACACUUCCAGCAACCUUUAAAUUACAAUGAACAGCAAACUAAUCCAGCAAAUGCGGCCUAUUUGCCCUACGAAUCAGAUUUCCUGUUAAAUAUGAUCGGCAGUUCACCUAGCCAUAACCAGAAACCAGACAACGCAUCAGAGGGGUCAGCCAGUGACGAUGCAAGUGUAUAAAAUGCCAGAAAUGUUGUGUAUUAAUUUAUUUCCUUAUCUUCUAUACUCUCCUCAAAUUCAUUCCUCUGUAUUUCUGGAGCUGAUAGUUUAACAGAACCUGAAAGACUCGCGCCCACCCAGGCAUAACAAGAUGGGUUCCACGCGGGUGCCUUCAUGUUAACUUUAUUAGAUUUGCGCCGAUUAGUUGUUUCGUCGGUGGGUUGAGAUGCUUGGCUAGGUAUAGGAUCAUUGAGUACCUCGAAAGAAGCACUUAAACCACUCAAAUCCAUCAGACUCUUCUUAGUUUCCGAACUGCGCGUCAGCAACUCUCGUAUUUCAUUCUUCAAUCUCGUUCGGAACCCAACCAUAGAGGCUGUUCCACCAACAACGAGACAAUUAGCGGCUAAAUCCCUCCUUGUAUCUAUAGGUAACUUUUGAAGACAUUUAACGAUGCAUUCUGGUAUACUAGGCUGAUCGAUGUCCUCUUUACUAUCAAAUAAGUCUUCUACAACCUUGGUUCUGAUCCAACCGGGUAUAAAAACGACACCACGACCGUUAUUUGUUUGCAAUUUAACAGAUAUUUGACUAGCAUCAUCGUCUGAUUCCGACAUAACUUCAUCAUCAUCCUCGCGCUUCCUCAGCAGAGGUUCAGCGAAGAGUGCUUUACACUUCACGUCCUCAAUCCAUGCAUCGGUUAUUGCGUCUUGGGGUAUAGUACUUGGUGGAGGUUGAGAAGUCGCUGUGGAAAGCUGCUGAGUCGUGAAUGGCGGAUAAUAAGUAGCAUAUUCAACGAUGAGCUCUCUUAGUCUAUCACUAAGGUACUUUCCACCGAAAGACGUUGUCAUAAUAUGAGGAUCUAACGGCCUCGAAGCGUAAACUGGGGAUACGACAGUCUGAAGGUAUCCAAUGUCGACUACCAAACCGGUUGUCCUGCCCGCAGAAAUCAAAGACAACAAAGGCGAAGGCGUGAAUGAAACCGAGGGAACUUGAAGAUUUGAGAACAGAACACUCAUUAUCGCGAACUUAACGGGUGAACUCAGUAAUGGAUUCUCUGCAAUGAUAACCCUCCGUUGUUUUGGAUCAGUUUGUAACUGUUCAAAAUAGAUAUCCCUAAAUAUAUCUAGGACACCCAGUUCGUCCUGUAUACCAUCCAAAUCCCAUAGUAUUUCUCUUAUCAUUAUGCAUUCCCGUGGAGACGCUUCCCCACUGAAACCAACUUUUAUAACUUUUGAGCCUGGGUCUAUAACGAUCUUCGUUUCUGUACCAUAUACUGAGUGUCUCCGUGAUGUAAGAUAGGCAGGACUAUGACCAGUAGGUGUAGACGGCUGCUUCAUAGGCGUAGAGAAACCAAAUGGCAAACCUACACCACUACCAGUCGCUCUAUGUUUCACUGGCGUCAGCGGUGUUCUCG